AUGCAAGCGCCUACUGACUCACCGUUCUACCUAGUCGCCGUCCAUGGCGGUGCAGGCGCACACCCCCCAAGUGCUGAUGCUGCGACCAAAGACGCCUUGCGCCGCGCCGCGCGUGCCGCCCUCCUCUCGCUCGCCACGAACCCGAUGGAUGCGCUCUCCGCGCUCACGCACGCGGUCAUGACGCUCGAAGACGCCGAGCCGCUCAACGCCGGGUUCGGCUCGAACCUCACGCUCGCGGGCCGCGUCGAGUGCGACGCGUCGCUCAUGGACGGCCGCAGCGGCGUCUUCGGGGGCGUCGGCGCCGUCAGCGGCGUACGGCACCCGAUCGCCGCGGCCAGGGCCGUGCUCGAGGGCCGCAGGACCAAGGACGCCGUGCUCGGGCGGGUGCCGCCGCUGCUGGUGGUCGGCGACGGCGCGGCGCUGCUGGCGGGGGUGCGGCGCGUGGACCCGGAGAGCAUGGUUUCGCCGAGGGCGCGGCGGGAAUGGCAGGUGUGGAAGGCGCGCAUGGCGCAGGGAGGCGCUCAGGGCCCGUGGGGAGACGUCGAAGGCCUGCAUUCCCGGCAGGAUACAGUGGGCGCCGUCGUUUGGGACAGCUCCGGAGGCCUCGCGGCUGGUGUGUCCAGUGGCGGCCUGCUUCUCAAGUCCCCUGGCCGUGUCGGAGAGGCUGCGAUCUUCGGCGCGGGCUGCUGGGCAGACGACGUGCUCGCGUGCAGCGUCUCGGGAACGGGCGAGCUGAUCGUGCAGUCUGCGCUCGCACGCGCCUUGGCGGACGCCCUCGCGGCGUCCCCGGCGCCCGACGCGCACGAGACGCUGCGGACCGUGCUCGUGGACCGCUUCUACGACUUCUGGACCGCGCGUGGGGAGGACGAGCCCAACGCGGGUGUGCUGCUGUUGACGAAGGAGCGCGACGGCGCGCGGUGCACCCCGCGGCUCUGGUGCGCGUUCACGACGCCCAGCAUGGCGAUCGCCUACGCGUCCUCCCUGAACCCUAAACCCCAGCCGAUCCCCGAGGGCAGGAGCAUCGGUCUCCGUGUGGCGCACCGGUGGUCUAUGGCGUGGUGCGAGCACGAACAGCGGAUGCACGAUGCGCCGCCAGCCAGUCAGCCUUAUGAGGCCAAAUCUCAGACAUCAAAAGCAGCCUGCACCGACCAAGGCUCCAUACAGUGA